AUGGCCGACGAUGGAAUGCUUCUGAACUUCGCGGUUGGCGACCAGCCGUGGGCUCCUAAAACUACCGCAUACAAGGGCGGCCGCUGGAAGGAUCGCUUGACUGCGAAGAAGGCCCUGCAAUACGGCCAGAACAAGAGCAACCCGGACUACAAGAAGGAGAAUGACGCGAGAAACGAUGUGCGCUCAGGCUCAAACUCGGAACCUCGCCCUUUCAAGCGCCAAAAGACCGACGGAGGUGAAUACAAGCCCACACAUACAACUGGCCGCACCGGUCCCAGAGACAGCAACAAUGCCCCUAGACAACGUCCGAAGGAGGUCAUCUCGUCUCUGUUCACAUACAAUCCGACUGCCACAACUGCUNNCCCGUCGAAGAAGAGGAGGAAGCAGAGGACGCAGAACCCAUACAACCUUCCAACGCCCCCCCUAAGCUCUGAACUCGACACAUUCACCUCCCUCGGCCUAUCGCCAAAAGUUGCUCGCCACCUCCUCGAAAAGAUGGGCAUCAAGGCUCCGACAGCUAUUCAGGCAAAGGCUGUUGCACAACUAGUAAAAGACGACUCGGACGCUUUCAUCCAGGCAGAAACUGGUUCCGGUAAAACACUAGCCUACCUGCUUCCUAUCGUACAACGUCUGGUCACCAUGUCAGAGACUGCGAGGGAAGCGAAUGGCGGUACCGGUGGCCUCACCCGAGACUCUGGACUGUUCGCCAUCAUCCUAGCACCCACACGAGAACUCAGCAAGCAGAUUUCAACCGUCCUCGAAUCGUUACUUGGAGCCGCCCACUGGAUCGUUGCUGGAACUGUCAUUGGUGGAGAGAAGAAACAAUCAGAGAAGGCGAGGUUAAGAAAGGGCCUGAACAUUCUGGUUGCCACUCCUGGUCGUCUGGUCGAUCAUUUAGAACACACUGAAGUACUGGAUGUCAGCAACGUCAGAUGGCUAGUACUGGAUGAAGGUGAUCGUUUGAUGGAGCUUGGCUUCGAAAAUGACAUUCAAAAAAUCGUCUCUCUGAUGAACUUGCGCAUGCGAAAGGUACAGCAAACACCUAUUCCCGGAUUGCCUGAGAAAAGAACAACAGUCUUGUGUUCUGCUACCAUCAAGAUGGACGUCGAGAGACUGGGAAACAUCACCUUGAAGGAAGCCGUGUCAAUCUCUGCCGAGAAGCCUAGAGAUGCUGAAGACGCAGAAAAGAACGGCCAUGCCUUCUCAGCACCCGCUCAAUUGAAACAGUCGUACGCUGUCGUUCCUGCCAAAUUGAGAUUGGUCACUCUUGCUGCCAUUCUCCGACGAUCGUUUGCCAGGAAGGGAUCUGUUAUGAAGACCAUCGUAUUCAUGUCAUGCGCUGACUCUGUCGACUUCCACUUCGAGGUCCUAACACGUGGUGGAGAGAAGAAAAUCACUGGAUCCGAGGCAAAGGAAGAAAGGAAGAAGAACCCGGAACUAUCUGAGCUGGACAAGAUGAACCCUAUCACGACCACUGCGAAGAAAGAGAAGGAGAAGGAACUAUCAAAUUAUGAAAAGAAGCUGGCUCCAGGCAAGAUCAGACAAGGAGGUUCGAUUGACGAUGCGUGCACCGAAGCCAUUUCACCAAUCAUUUCUGGCAAAGACAACGAUGUCUCCAUCUUCCGCAUGCACGGUUCGCUUCCCCAAAAUAUUCGUACAUCCACGCUCAAGGCUUUCACCAACAACAAGGAUGCCUCAGUCAUGAUCUGUACCGAUGUUGCUUCUCGUGGUCUGGAUCUUCCGAACGUCGACUUUGUUAUCGAAUACGAUCCCGCCUUCAGCAAGGACGACCAUCUCCAUCGUAUCGGACGUACCGCUCGUGCAGGACGUGACGGACGUGCUUUGAUCUUCCUCCAACCUGGCAACGAAGAAGGAUACAUCGACAUCCUGAAAGAAGGCCGAAGAGAUGCAGGACAUGGCCUCACUCGGCAUGACGCUGUUGAGCUGUUGAAGAAGGGUCUAACGCCAACUUCGGGCACAGUUUCUUCUGGUCGUGAAUGGGAAGAGAAAGCAACGGACUGGCAGCUGGAUGUCGAAAGAUGGGCUCUCGAGAGCCCGAAACAUCUCGAGCAGGCUCGCCGCGCAUACCAAAGUCAUAUCCGAGCUUAUGCUACCCAUGUGGCGGCAGAGAGAGGAAUCUUCAACAUCAAGACUCUGCAUCUCGGUCAUUUGGCCAAAGCCUUUGCGCUUAGAGACAAGCCUGGUAGCAUCAAGGUGCCAGGUCUGCGUCCUGGCAAGGAAGACGCCAAGAAGUCCAAGGACUCGCGUCACAAGGCUAACGUCAAGGGCGCAAAGAGUUCAGGCGAGAAGAGGUCUGCACCUGACGGAGACGACGGUCCGCAGAUGACUGAUGCUCAGGAAGCAGCCAGAAUAAUGCGCGCAAAGACAAAGGCUAUGAUGGGUGGUGGUGCUUCGGAGUUCAACCUUGGCUAA